AUUUCUGCUCUCGCUGCGCUUCCCCGUCUGUCCAGCAGGUGGCAGCAGAGCUCCGACCCGGCCGCGCUGUUUGUUUGGAGUCGGAACUCUUCCAGGUUCUGUUUCUUUAAGGCCCGGACCGUUUCGGCUGUGAUUCGGCUGUGAUUCGGUUGCCGGUUGCCACCCCGCGGCGCCCGCUCAGUGGUCGGAACCGGGUCCCAGUGGUCGGAACCGGGUCCCGGAGCCCGGCUCUCUGCGUGCGGUUGGGCCGCGUGUCGGUGACCUGAUGAGGGGGAGGCUUUUGUUUGGCCCCCGCUGCAGGCUGCGCUUCCCCCGGAGGAUGCCACGACGAGCUGCGGCUCCUCCUGCACGGACAGCGCAGAGACCCACAGAAUCACGAUAUUGACAUGAAGAAAGACAUCGAGACUCUAAUAGCAGAGGAACGGGCCGACAUCAUCCUAAAAUAUGCUACGGGCAGGCAGGGCGGCGUGGAGAUCGACCCCUGGGAAGAUGCUGAUUACAGCGUCUAUAAAGCCAUCGACCGCUUCGGCUUCAUGCAUGAGAAUGAGCUGCCGGCCCCAACAGUUCAAGAGGAGAAGCGGAAGCAGCUGGAGGUCGAGAGAGCAGAGAAAUGGCUGAAGAUGGUGAAUAAAUGGGACAAAUACAAGAACAGUGACAAGAUGGUGAAGCGGGUCUAUAAGGGCAUUCCCCUGCAGCUCCGGGGCCGGGCCUGGACCCUGCUGCUGGACGUGGAGCGGACCAAGAGGGAGAACCUGGGAAAAUACGAGAAAAUGAAGGAGCAAUACAGACUCUGUUCCUCUGAGAUCAAGCAGAUCGACCUGGACAUCAACAGAACCUUUCGGAACCACAUCAUGUUCAUGGACCGCUUCGGGGUCAAGCAGCAGUCGCUCUUCCACGUCCUCUCUGCAUAUUCAGUUUAUAACACUGAGGUGAGCUACUGCCAGGGCAUGAGUCAGAUCGCCGCCCUGCUGCUGAUGUACAUGAACGAGGAAGACGCCUUCUGGGCGCUGGCGCAGCUGCUGACCAACGAUCGGCACGCCAUGCAUGGCUUCUUUGUUCCUGGAUUCCCCAAACUUCACCGGUUCCAGGCUCAUCAUGACCAGAUCCUGUCCAAACUCCUCCCCAAGCUGAAGAAGCACAUGGACCGGGAGCAGAUGUCUGCAGGGAUCUACUGCACCAAAUGGUUCAUGCAGUGCUUCAUCGACCGGACGCCGUUCACCCUGACCCUCCGGCUGUGGGACAUCUUCAUCCUGGAGGGACAGCGGCUCCUCACCGCCAUGUCCUACACCAUCCUGAAGAUACACAAGAAGCGGCUGCUGAAGAUGUCUCUGGAGGAGCUGCGAGAGUUUCUUCAGGAACGAAUCGCCCAGCAGCUCUUCCACAGCGACGACCUGAUCAUCGAGCAGCUGCAGGUCUCCAUGUUGGAGCUGAGGAAGAUGAAGCUGGACCUUCCUCCUCCAGGGAAACCCGAGGAGCUGCCUCAGAAGCCUCUGGGCCAGGAGCUGCCGGUCCUGCUCGGCCCGGUCCAGCCGUCCUCAGCCACUGGGUUCCACAGAGCCGGCCUGAGUCUCCACAUCAUGUCCCAUCAGCCGGACUCCAUUUCCCCAGACCAGAGCCCCUCCAAGGACCCCAGGGAUCUGGACGUGGUGGAGGAGCAGGAGGCCCCGCUGCCCUCUCCUGACCCCAUCAUCAUCCACAGCCAGGUGCCUCUCACACCUGAUGGCUCCCCACUGAUGGGGCCGCCGCCUUACCGGCCCCCAGGGAGUCCAGGUCAUCCGUCGCUGCCAGGAGACCAGGACUGGGAACCAGCUGGCCGCUCAGCAUCUCCGGUUUUGGUUCUGGCUCAGUCUGAGUGCCUGUCUGAAUCAGAAAGUACUGAGGACCGAGACACGUCCCAGCUUCUGGACCCAGACUCGACUCUGUCCUCCAGCAGGAGCACCGACCGGAACCAGAGUAGAGAAGCAGAGGAAAACCCGCCACCGAACGUUUCAUGAGCAGCAGAUUAACUGUUCGAGUUUGGCCUGAAUGUUUUAUUUGGUUCAGCAGGUUUUUGUGGCGACGGAAAAUGUUCUGUUUUAAGACUGAAGUGAGUUGGUAUGCCACUCUUUGGCCUUUUCCAGGUAACAGUUCAGAUGUACAUGAUGACUCCAACACGUCUCCCACAGAGUCAAAGUCCAGACGGUUCAGUCAGGAAACACCAAACGUAAGGUUGGUCCAUAUUCAUCCACUGACUCAGCUUCCUGGAUGGUUUUAGCUCAGAACCCAACAUGUUCAUACGGUACAGAAACACUCCUGUUGAAGUUUGAAUCCACUUCUCUCUAAUUAUAACUCGACUCAACAACAUCGUAUUUAAUACAAGCUAAUGCUAAAGUACUAAAACAGCAUUUAGUGGAAGCUAAUGCUAAGGCGCUAACAUUAAACAUGUUGAUACUCAUCAUAUCAAUGCUGAGCUAAAACAUAGUUUAUCACCUCAGGCUCAAAUUUGUCAAUACAUGAUUUAUUGACAAAUUUGUGCUUUAUAAUUUACCUAAAAAAUUAUUUUGGAAAAGCUAAGUGCACUGAAAAUGCACAAAACAUGGCUGUUAGUGGAGGUUUGUGAUAAAAGUUUUGCCCUUCAGCUGAGAGUUGCUGGAUGAAAAUGGACCCAGUUUGGCAGCAGAUCAGAUUCCAUCUGCGUUGGUCAGGAGAUCCGACUUUGGAGUCGUCUUCCCGCUCCUGUUUGGACUUCUAGCUGGAAUUAAGUUCUGAAACUUCCCCCUUUACAACUAAUUACACUUUUCUAGAUUUGUAAAGUUUUUGGUGAUGUAGACCUGCUCAGUCUGCCUUUUUAAACUGUUUUAGUCACACUUUGGUUUUGAUUUUUUGUGCAUAACAAUGUCUGGAUGCCUUAUUUGGAUGGGCUUCAGUUCUUCUGUGGACAGCUUUGAGGUGUUGGACCAAUCAGAACCUCUGUCACAGUGAGCGGGCUCACUCUUCUGAUUGUACACAUGGAGCUAAAUAUUAGGAAGUGUUUUUGUAGCUCAGUUAUUUAUGGCUCGAACAGCAACUCUUUAUUUUCUCCUUUAAGAUUCUGUUUUAUUUGUUGCAUAUUGGAAAACUUGAUUUUGAGGUGAUAAAUAAUUUUGUGUUAGAAUUUGACAGUACUGUAGAUCCAAGAGGCAAAAUUGGGUUAAAGUUGCUCCUCUGUGAUUAGAAAUAAGGAAACACUGACAUCUAGUGGUUGCUUUAGGUGUAGAGCGUCUCCAGUUGUGGAUUAGCUAAAAAAAAGUAGAAAUAUUGUAGAAAAGAUUUAAACUUUAAACUAAAGUCAAGAUUAAAAUUUUGAUGCUGUUAAUUUAUGAAUAUGUUUAUAUUUCACCAAGUGAUAAAACGUUAAUUGUCAGUCGAAGUCGCUUCAGGUUUUUGGUCGUAAAUUGUAACUGUUAAAAAAUCAGAUUCUGCAACAAUACAUCUUGUAUAUCCUUUGUCCUGU